GGUGUUUAGAUACAUCCAUAGGCAACAGUUUUCAGUUCACAUUAUCAGCCACCAUUUUUUUCUUAUCGAUACAAAGCACUAUAAACAUCACCAUCAGAUGUGCAUUAAGAUGCAUUAUGCGAUAUUUGUGCUAUGUUUGCUGCUUUAGAAAGCCCUGUGUCGCCAGUUCUUCGACUGUGGUUUAACAAAACCCGGAUUAGUUUUCAUGUCCCGGAUUGAGCUAGCUCGAUAAUUCAUAUGGAGGAUUUUCGGUUCUUCCAAAAGAUAUCUCGAAUUAAAAUAUCUGACUAAUUUAAACCACACUGUUGCUUAUUUGCGUAAUUGCAGGUUCGUGCGCGUGAGACGUCACAACUCAUAUCAUGGCUAAACAGCGUGCUGCUUACUUUACUCCUGCUGAGCUGCAAACUAUAAUAGAAGGAUAUGAAGAAGUGAAACAUUUACUAAAAACCAAAGGCAAUACUGUAGCUGCCUCAAAAGUCCGACAAGAUGGGUGGCGUAAAAUUGCUGCUAAAUUAAAUGCGUUCUGUCCUAUGGGACCUAAAAGGACGUGGCAGCAAGUGAAGGUGAAAUACAAGAACAUCGUCCAAAGCGCAAACAGGAGAAAAGCUGCAAUGAAGAAGGCAACGGUAGGAGAAGUGACAACAAAAGAGGAGUACGUUGCAGAAGAGGAGCUGCCCCCUGAGAAAGAGGUGGAUGGCCCUGUCAUCGAGAGUAUAGUUGGAGGCUGCUGCUCUGAUCCUGGAGAUGUGGCCAGCUACAGCAGUUAUGUCAAAGUGACUGAACAUGAAUUGACACUGCUUCCGCCACCUACAAUAUCAGAGGAAGAGCAAGCGGAGUCUGAACCUGUGGAGGAUGUUAAGGUUCUAUACAAGAAGUAUCUACAAGUAGAGAUCUCCAGCAGGAGGCAAGAAAUGGCAUACAGGGCUUUAAAAAUGCGAAAAGUGGAGAAGGAGAUAGAAUUAUUGGACCGAAAAUUGGCAGUAAGUGUGAUAUUCUGAUAAAACAUUUUUGAAUAGAAAAUGUAUUGCCUG